CCCUACACCGCUAUCACUAAACGCCUCCUCCUGCUCCCCCUCCUCCGCCCUCUCUUCCUCCUCCUGCUGUCUUCCUCCUCUCAUUCCUCCUCACAACCGGCUCGAGCACCGUGCAGCACACACCGCCGCCGCCACUUCUUCACCGCCGCCACCACCACAACAUCAACCGCCAUGACUGAGUUGAAGCUCAUCUACUUCAACGCCAAGGGCCUGGCCGAGUUGAGCCGCUGGAUGUUGAAGUACGCCAAGAUCCCCUUCACGGACGAGCGAGUUGAGAAAGCUGACUGGCCCGAGAGGAAGAAGGCCAUCCCCGGGGGUAAGCUGCCGGUGCUGGAGGUGGAAGGGAAGAUGCUGCCGCAGUCCUUGGCCAUCGCUCGCUUCGUGGCCAAAAAGGCGGGGCUGUUGCCAGAGGACCCGCUGCACGCCGCCUUCUGCGACGCCGUGGUGGAAACCCUCAGGGAUGUGAUCGUGGACAUGUUCAAGAUCAAGAACGCGGAGGACAAGAGCGAGGAGGAGAAGAAGAAGAUCCUGAAGGAGGAGUAUAUGCCCAACACGCUGUUCCCGCUGUUGGAACGCCUUGACAAACGCCUGGGUGAUAAGGAGUGGUUCAUCGGAGACCAGAUUUCGUGGGCAGACUUCGCCAUCGCACGCACCAUGGAGGGCCUGUUUAGCCACAUGCCUGACCUGGCCACCAAGUUCCCCAAGAUCAAGGCACACACCGACAAAGUCCAGAACCUCCCAGGCGUGAAGGAGUGGAUCGCGACACGCCCAGACACUCCCAGCUAGGCGAAUCCAACCCUGUUCUUCUUCAAUAUAGUCUCGCUGGUGGAUUAGUAUUUGUCUAACUUUAUUCUUCAACUCCUCCUUCUCUUCCUUUAUUCUCAUAAUUUCUUCUCUUCUUCCUUCUUUCCCUCCUCUUUUCAUUCUAAUGCUUUUCUUUCGCCCUAGCAGCUACAAUUUCUUCAACGCCUCCUCCUCCUUCUCUAUUCAUUCUAAUAAUUACUCUUCACCUUAUUCGAUCAGUACCAUUUCUUCUUCCUCUGCCUGAUUCAAGUAUUCAUUGUUAUCAAGGAGAAAUAUAACCAGCAUUUCCACCCCAUCAUGCACGCUUGCACAAUAUAUUUGCCGCUUGCCGUCAGCCGCCGGUAACAAACACUAUAUAGCCACUCAGCCCGCGAGGCGUGACACACUGUUGCAGCAUUACUCUUCACCGUUACCUGAAUCGAGAAAAAGUUAAAUAAAGACUUCUUCGGUU